AAUAAAAAAAUUAAGUCAUAAUGUUUUAUAACUAACAUGCAUAAAGAGCUGUGCAGUAUACAUAUAUAAUAAAAUUACUAUUCGAUUUUUGAUUAUUAUUUUCCGAGAUAUUUUAACUGAAAGUGAAUUUGACAGCUAAAUUUCAGAUAAAGUUUAGUAGCGGCGUGACAUUUGCGCAGUGAAGUUUGCGUCAUGCAGCACGAUUCUUUAUGUACUUGGCGUUGCGCCGCUACCGCGUCGCUUAAUAAAGCAAAAGAAAAAUUUAUAUAAAAUAACAGAUAUAAUAUAAUUAACAGAUAAAAUAUAAUUAUUUAAAUUAACUAAGUUAAAAGUUUUAUUUUUUUAAUUUGAGUCAGGUUUCCAACUUUAUCAUUAUUCAACUUUUGACUUUUCAGUUAUUACGCAAUCCUGCAAUUUAUUACAGCAAAUGGAAAGAUUAAGAAGCAAAACAAAUGGGAUAAGCGGUCAAAUAAUCAUUUCUUUAAUUGCACCUCACGAUUUGCAAAUCUUUUCUCUUUUUUCCUUGUCGGACGUUUGAUUAUGCUCUAUUUACUUGAAAAACAUAGAAGAUAGAAGACGUAAAAUAGGAAUUUCUCCGUGAAUUCAUUGAUUAAAGUGUAUUAUCAACUAUGUAUAAUACACGAGCCACGUGCAAGGAGAAUGAAACGGAACAUUCGUGUACGUGUAAUUCAAUCUCUCGAUUUGAAACUUGUCUGUUUUUUUAGCAGAAUGUUCUACAUAGGAAGCAAUUUUUUAACAUCUUUUCUUUUCCGUGUAAUGUGGCACAGGAUUAUGCAACAACGUAAAUAAAAAACUAAAGUUUUCAAGCACUUAAAAAAUUUAUUACGCAGAGACAAAAUGCGUAAAAGAAUAAAUUAAAACAAAUCCUCCUUUCUAAAAAAGGGCAUGGCAUCGAUACUCGAAUCUCUCGAAGUAUUGUUGUCGCUUUUCCGCGAUGCCGAUUGGUUCUCUUGCUGCGCUUACUUCGUGAGCGGCUGUCAUUGCGGUGAUCGUGUGUUUUGACAUUUCAUGCAUAUAUUGAUGGUUAUGUGUAUAUAGUGAUUAUAUAUAUAAUAAAUACAAAAUAUUGGUGUCAGUUAUAUAUCUAAGAAGACUAUUUCUUUUAAUUAAUAUUUUUAAUAUUUUUAUUAAUAAUAAAUGAUAUUGAUAUUUUAUGAUAUUUUAAUGAUAUUUUUAUUGAUAAUCAUAAUUUCUUGAAAUAAUAUAAUGAUAAUGUUUGUACAUGGCAUAGACAAAGGCUGCGUUCGGGGAGUGCGCUAUUUGCGCAAUUUGCAUCUGAGACUGUUCGAGGAGACGCUUUUCGGCGCUAUGAAAGCAAUGCUGACGUCAUGACCGAAGUAAUGUGACGUCAUUAUUGGCGCUAUUUCGCGCUAUCUUUUCCGAGGUAGGGCAGGAGAUGCUAACAGAUGCUAACAACGCUGAUUGGUCCACAUUUUCUUUUCAAAUAGUUGGAAUCGUGGUUAUAUGUACACGGAACUCAAAGAUUAUAAAUCAAAGGAUUAAAAUUAAGAAAAAACAGUCAAUAAUGGAAAAAGAAGAAAAUACAGAGAUUUCUCUUAUAGAUGAAAAUGGUAUAAAUUAUACAUUAAAAGUAUCUGCAGAAGAUGCAACACGUGCACAAAAAGGUAUGUAAUUUUAUUUGUUAUAGGUUAAUACUUUAAAAUUUUCAAUUUUUAAUCUGUUUUAAUCUCUUUAACUUUUAGUUUUUUGUACAUUUAUUGUAAUUCAUAAUUAUUGUAAUAAGGUAAUAGAGGUUAUGUGGAUCAUAAAGAUUUGCUAAUAAUUAUCAAGCGUAAAUCAAAUAAUAAUAUAAAAAUGGAUAAAUCGGAUUAAAAUAAAUAUAAUGAUUUAUAAUUUGUAUUUGUAAUUUUUUAAAUAUAUUAAUUUUAGUGUAUUAUCUAUUAUUUUUACAGAUUUGAUGUUUGCAACGAGUCUUUUAGAAAUGGCAAAGAUGCAAUCUAAUACCGAAUCAACUGUUUCGUCUAUUUCUGAUGAAGGAGAUAGUAAUGAGUCAUUAUUUAAAUGGUCUCAUGCAGCAACACUCUUUCUAGUAGAGGAAUAUCGUCGGCAAGAAAAGAAUCUGACAUCGGGCAAAAUAUCUCAGAAGAAAGGAUGGAACAAUAUUGCAUUAGCGUUGUCUACUAAAGGUUAUAAUGUCACUGGAUCUCAGUGCAUAUCAAAAUUUCAUGGAAUGAAGAGGACCUAUAAGUCCAUAAAGGAUCAUAAUUCGAAAUCAGGGAAUAAUCCAAGAUCAUGGCCUUAUAUGGAAGUCAUGGAAUCGUUACUUGGAGAGCGACCUUUCAUGUCACCACCAGCAAUUGCUUCUUCAAGUAACACUUGCCACUUAAAAAAUGUAUUAACUCCAUCCAGUGCAAACACACUUAGCGAUGUAGACUUAACCAAACCAAAUCCACGAAAGCGCAAAGCACAAGAAGAAACAUUAACAAUUGCUAAAGCAAUUACUCAAAGUCGACAAUUAGCCGAGAACAACAAAGAACAGAGACACAAGGAAAGAAUGGAUUUUCGAAAAGAAAUGUUGGGAUUUAUGCAAAAAAUGUUGGAAAAGCUGUGAUGUUUUUAAAAUUUAUUUAAUAUUUUAAGUAUAAAACGAGACAACAUUACAAGCAAAAUCAUAACUUUUUAAAGUAUUCUAAACAUAAAUAGAAUACUUAAAAAAGUUAUGAAGUUGUUUUCUUCCAUGCAAUUUCUUUAUAGUUUUUAUUACAUUUUUAGUAUUGCUAGUAUAUCUAUUGUUUUUUGUCUCGUCCUUUUUUUCAAUUCUAUAUAUAAACUUAACAUCUAUCUUAUAUCUACUUAUGUUCGCUAUUACAUAUGUAAUUUAUAUAUCUGUGAUAUAUGAGUAUUAUACAUGUGAUAUCUUAAACCAAAGUGUUCAUGAAAGACUAAUAUGCGUAUAAAAUAAGAUUUUUUUAAAUUUAUUUAAUGCUAUAAGUUGAAAUAUCUCCUAAGCAAUGGAAUAAAUGCUCGUUAUAAAAAUUUUAUCUUUAGUUACAUAUAUGUAUAUUUGCUUUUGCGCUUAAUCUACCUCAAAGCACAAUACUAAUUUAUUUUUAUUCAAAGGCAAAUAUUUUAAGUCAAAUACUAUAAGAGAUAAUAUAAAUGUAUUUUUUCAAAUACAGAAAUAAAA